UGUGUUCUGAAAACCUACCAAUAACAAAAGAGAAAAAUAACGAAGCAGCAGAGCCGAACCCACAACACCACCAAGAACAGAGCACCCAGCACAAACAGGGAGCCGACCCGACCCGCCCUCCCCGUCGCCGGCGGGAUGGCUUCCUCGGCGGCGUACCCCGACGCGGACGAGAACCUGGAGGCCAUCAUCACCCGCAUCGAGCAGAAGUCCCGCAAGAUCGAGACCCUCCUCAAGCAGUCGAAGCCGGUGGAAGCCCUGAAGACGGCGCUCGAGGGGUCGCCCCUCAAGACCCGCGAUGAGCGAUGCAAGUCGGCGAAUUGGAUCGUGGUGCACCGGGCGAUGAUGGCCAUCAGGGACGUCGACGGCAUGUUCAACUCCCUAGAUCCCGAGUACUACGACAUCCUGAUGAAGUACCUUUAUAGAGGAUUAUCGACAGGGGACAGGCCAACAUGUGACCAGUGCCUCAAAAUUCAUGAAAAACUGACUGAGAAGGCAGGCUUAGGAUGUAUAUUGCGAUCGCUUGCUGAUACUGUUAACACUGUAUGAGCUUGUGGGCUUCAUCUCUGAGGUUGGACAGAACAAAGUUUCCUUCCUGCUCUGUGCUGUGAUAAAUCACAGCAGACAACUUAGCUGUAUGAAAAUUGUUGGCUAGAUGUUUUAGAUCUCUUUUCUUCGCCAUCUGGCAGUUUCAGUUAGAGCAUCAUUGUACCUUACUAGAAUGGCUGAAUCUAAACUUAUGUAGUAUUAUGUUGUUCUGAACUCCUUGUACUAGACUGUUGAGUUUUUGCUACUAUAGAAAAAAAAAUCAAGGUGUUUCUGUACCA